AUGACCAUAAAGGUUCAACAAUGGGUGAUCUUACAACUACAACCACGCCAGGCGAAGAUGGUUGACGGGUACAGUAUCAGAAGGAUUCGUAAAAGCGAUUACGAAGGCGUUGUCGAAACGUUAAAGGUUCUCACCGUGGUUGGGAACCUCUCGAGAUCUGAGUUUGAGAAGAUCGUUGAAUAUUGGGAUUCAAUCACCGUGAGCGAGACUACGAAACUCUACAACCCACUUGUGGUAGUCGAUGACACCACAGGAGCGAUAGCUGCCACAGGAAACGUACUGAUUGAACGUAAACUGAUCCAUGAGGGAGCGCUGUGUGGUCAUAUCGAAGACAUAGCGGUUUCUCGAGACCACCAAGGCCGUCAACUCGGUCGAUACCUCAUUGAGCAACUCACUGCUCUGGCAGUACGUGCCGGUUGCUACAAGGUGAUCCUCGAUUGCGAUCCCAGUAACGUUGCCUUCUAUGAAAAAUGCCAGUUCACCCGCGCUGGUGUCGAAAUGCAAUUCAGAACUACGUAA